CUACAGUCUCUUGCUCAAGUCUCCAUCUUAACUUCAUACUUCAUAGUCACUAGCCAGUAGCCUCUGCUCCGAAACGAGAACGAUCAAUGGCGAUGGCGAUGGCGAUGCAGCGAUGCAGCGGGGCAGCGAGGCGGACUCUGGCGGCGGUGACUCAGCAUCAGUUUUCAUUUUCGUCACUGUCACCGUCUUCUUCUUCUUCUUCUUCUUCAGCAUCGUCCAUCCCCUAUUCAGUGCUAGGGUUCCCGAUUCAGUGCGGCCGAGGAGACAAGAAGACAAAGAAAGGGAAGAUAUUCAUCGGCUCGUACGGGAACUCAAGACCGAAGAAGGACAAGAAGAUUGAGCGGAUUAAGGACAAAAAUGAGCUCCCCAGGUCCACUCCUUGGCCCCUUCCCUUCAAGCUCAUCUGAAAUAAUCGAUCUAUGGCUUUCCUUUAAUGUAUUAGAUUUCAUACGCAAUUAGGUUUUUCCCCGAGUUUGCUCUGUUCGUAAGUUUGGAACCCUUUUUGGGUUUUGAUCUUUUUUUUGGCUUUUGAUCUUUGCUAAUGAGGAAUGUGCACAUUUUGUUAUGGAGCUCAAAAUAAAGCUGUGCGCUUUUUCUUGUGGCUAUGAAUCUGUGACUUGAUUUUGCGCACUUUGAAAGUUAUAUCUAUGUUUUAGUUGUAGGAGGGGAAACACAUGAAUUCCUCUGGUUGCGUCAUAAGCUGUGAUUAUGAAGGGAUUCUUUCGGCUAGUUUCUUCUCAUUGUAGUGAUCAAGUUGCUCAUUUCUAUGGAAGGACUUAAUCAGAAGGAUGAUAUAUCUUAACUAUGAGUUCUGACUUCUGAGUGAAGAACUUUGGUGGCUGUUUAGUAAUUGAAUUAUGCAAGCAAGAGCACAUGGCAUGAAUAGCUGAUCUGUUAUGUUUCAAGGUACGGCCUACCUAUAGUUCAUAGCGAGUUAGGAAUGUGACAUUUCGGCACUUGAAGUUACUGCUCUAGAAUUUAGAUACUAGUUUCUUCUCAUUUUAGUGAUCAAGUUUCUCAUUUCCUUGGAAAUGGAAGGACUUAAUCAGGAGGGUGAGAUAGUUCUAAGUGGAGAACAUUGGUCGCUGUUCAGUAAUUGAAUUAUGCAGGGAAGAGCACAUGUCAUUUCGCUAAAAAUAAGAAAAGCACACGGCAUGAAUAGUUGAUCUGUUAAGUUUGGAGGUUAGGCCCUACUUAUAGUUCAUAGUGAAUUAGGAAUGUGAAGUUUCGGCACUUGAAAUUAUUGCUCCAGAAUUUAGAUAGUAUCCUGGACGAAAAGGAAGUGAAUCUCCAGCUAUGUAGUGUUGAAAUAGCUCUGACAUAUAGAGACGGAAUCUUCUGAUCUUAUUCCAAUGAAUUUUCAGCAUUAAG